AUGUCUGGAGCUGAAGCUGCCCUCCUCAGAGUGGGCAUUCUCUGCAAUACAAUGCAGAUCAUCACCUUCGCUAAGGACGCCAUCCACGUCUAUCGGAACAUUCGCGAUGGCCGAGCUCCUGAACCCAAACUGGACUCAUAUUUCAAGAACGCAAAGGCUUCUUUCUGCGAGAUGAAUCAAACUGCCGCGCGAAUGCGGCCACUGAGCAACGAGCAGCAGAAGAUCGUUGAUGUUGGCAACAAGGUCCAUGACUGCGUGGAUGAGCUGCAAGAGCACACUUUAGCGUUAUGGCGUGGAAAGGAACUCCAGGAUGCUGAGGAGAACCUACAUCGAUAUGAACAACUCCUGCACGGUCUCCUGCUGGAUCGUGUGUGCAGUCAAUCUCAAGCUGCUGAGAUCGCCUCCUUGGAAUCAUAUCAGCUUCUUCAAGUGUCUUUGCAAUCCAUCAUCUCAGAACUUGCACACGACUCCACGAACGUUGCAGACCUGUUCGCAGCUUUCUCUAAGGGCAUUGGUAAUCGAGUUGCAGAUGAGCAUGCGACUACAAGAACUGUGGUUGAAGAUCGUGCAAAGUCAGCGGAGAACAAAAUCUGCCAGAGUAUGUCUCAGACGAUCGAUCAACUUCGUCGGGAACUGCUGGAUCGCGAGCAGGACAAGGGUUUCGAGAAACAAUAUGAACAACUUCUUUCGAGUCUAAGGUUUCCAGAAAUGAACAGCCGGAAGAACAAGAUAUCAAAUGAGUAUCCUGGGACUUUCAAUUGGAUAUUCGAUCCACAUGCCUGGCGGCAGUCAGAUGGAGACUCGUCGUCCGAAUCCUGUCUGACAGACAUGACUAGCCAACUCUCUGAACAUAACCAGGAUUGUGAGGCCAAGAGCACCGACAAUCCACGCUUUGACAAUUUUGCAUACUGGCUAGAAUCAGACUCGAACGUCUUCUGGGUCAGUGGCAAGCCAGCCUCGGGCAAAAGCCUUCUAAUGAAAUUUCUUGCUUUCAGCCGUUCAACAGUCGAGCAUCUAAAGGUUUGGCGUUCUGAUUUCCAGGUUCUAACACACUUCUUCUGGAAACCCGGACAGAAAUUGCAGCGGAACGUCGAAGGAAUAGUUUUAUCACUCCUUUAUCAAGUCUUGGAUGGCAGACCUGGUCUUUGUCGAAGGUUGUGUGAAGCCCAAUCUUCCGUGCGGCACAAGAGAAGCUACUUAGAUUGGAGUCUCGAAGAACUGUCAGCGGCCCUGUUAUGGGUACUAGAAUCCUCUUCGUCAGCAUUCUGCAUCUUCGUCGAUGGCCUGGACGAGGCUGAGGAGCUACAGCAUCUACCUUGGCCAGAGUGGACAAGCGCUGAAGUCAUCCACAAAUUGCUCAAAGUCGAUAAAAUCAAGUUAUGUGCAUCCAGCAGAGAAGAAAAUGCAUUUUGCUCCUUUUUCAGUGGGCAAUCUCGACUGAGAAUCCAUCAAUUGAAUGAUUGCGACAUUACUCUUUUUGUCAAGGCACGGCUUGAUAUUUGUGUACUUGGGAGGUUCGGUCGAGAUCAUCUGUCACACGAGAUUGUGAAGAAGGCUGAGGGCGUGUUCUUGUGGGCCGCCCUUGUAGUAGACAGCUUGAAUCGGGCCAUCCGCCAAGGCAAUGUAUCCAUCAAAAUGCUGCAAGAGCGCAUUGAACAGACUCCCUCGGAGCUCUCUACUCUAUACACUGACAUUUGGGGAAGAAUUGGAGAUGACGUCCACCUACGCAGCAUUCGAAGGACUGCUUCGCUCUACUUCAAUCUUGCUAUUACAGCUCGUGAAGUCAAGGAUUAUUUGCCGCACAUGAAUCCCUUCAGCCGCCCAAACACAGACGCUGCGAGGAUGUCUUCAUUAUUAGUCAUGGCAGCGGCUGCCCAAGACAUGUCAAUGGCAGAUAUAUUGAGCGCAGGUCGCCUCAUAACAACCGAGGAGCUUCUUGCGAGGUGUUCAAGAGCUGAGGGCGACUUGCAAUGGGCUUGCCGUGGCCUCCUUGGGGUGACCAGAACCAACGAUACAUCCGAUUAUGUUUGCGGAGAUCGCCGCCUGCUGGAAUACAACUUCACAAAAGUCGAUUUUAUCCAUAGGACUGCUUUUGACUUUCUCAUGGAUACAGUGCUUGGUCGUGAGUGCCUUGAAUUCUGUGGCGCUUCCAAAAGUCAGCAAGUUUCCAGGCUAUUUGCUGCCCAUUUGAUCAGAGCACGGUUCAUCUAUCUCAGGGACCACCAUCAUAUUGAUUCAAUCGAUAUAAGGCUCCUAUCGUGCAGGCAAAAUAUCAAUUAUGAUGGCUACUUGGAGAUGGCCGUUGGUAUGUCUUGCGACGAUCGGAUAUCUAGAGAAGACUCAGACCGAGACGGCCUUAUAAAUGCUCUGAAAGCAUGGCAGUCAUCUGGUUUAUUCAGCGGUGGCAAGUACUGCACUCCUCUUGCAUACGCACCGUCAACCUUGAACUCCCUUGAACAUUAUAUGAUAGAAGCUGUUACUUCGGUCAUGUUGUUGGAAAGACGCAAUGAGCAUUCAAUCGUCGGCUUGAGGAGAUUAAUUGAGGGAUAUCCUGAGUCGAUACUUCUGAAUGCUAUUCCACCCAUCCUUCGCGCAAUGUCCCUUGGGUGUCACCGUCACACGACUUUCAAACAUGGUUGCGAGAUACUACAAUAUAUUCUCCGCCAUUUACACUAUAUUGCUAGGAGAAAGAGACGCUAUCGGGUCGCUGUUAGACGCGCUAUUCUCGCUCUGCACUGUUGGUACAUUUCAAAUUGUUUGGCUAACUUGGCCAUGUUUUAUAAUCCUGUUGCGUUUUAUGCCUCGACAGAGCUGAGCGACUAUUUUUAUGACGAAGACUGGCAGCAUAUUCUUUUACUUCAGUUCCGAACUUUUCUCAGUCACAAGAAGCGGGUUGAUUCCCUUUUCAAAACUCAUACCCACUACGCCCUCAUUGCUGUGAAUCUUGUUGCAACCCACCAAUUAAUGAAUGCCGAGUUGCAGAAGCAUUCACCAAGCAUUUCCCCCGUUUACGUACCAAAAGAUAUCAGCUCUCGAUUCGAUGUAGUACUCGUUGCAGACAUAUACGAGGAAUCCCCCGACAAGUCUAUGUCCACCAUGAACUUCUACGCUCCUGAUAGGUGUCUUCAUAGCCAAAUUAAACAUUGGGUGCAGAUGGGGUUGAGUGGAAAUGCGAGGCUUGAACAUGGAAAUACCUGGCAAGAAAUACUCAAGUGCUCUGCCGAUGAGCUGAGCCCAAUCAAUGCUUCUAGGGCUUACAAUUAUGUAGUUGAUGAGUUCAAAGAUGCGGGACUGGACUUUUCGAGGCCUAUUUUAUUUGAUAUCGGGUGA